AUGCCGUCAAAACAGCCCCAAAUGUCGUUGUUCCAGGUCUACCUUCGUUUACGCCCUCCAAUGACCGAAAGACAAGAUGAAUCUGAUCGCUUCCUUGCUGUUGAGCCUCCCGAGGCACAAAAUGACGGCGAAAUUGUUGCGCCAGUUCCAACGCACAUCACAUUACAACCUCCAAACGAUACACGAAAGCGCGCAAUUGAAAAAUUUGGGUUCACGAAGGUUUUUGAGGAGAGCGCCACCCAGCUGGAUAUAUUUCAUGAUACUGGGAUGGAGUCAUUAGUGAGAGGCGUGCUGAAAGAAGGUCGCGAUGGAUUGGUGGCAACCUUGGGAGUGACAGGAAGUGGAAAGCUGGAACUCCAGAGCCAUACUAUUUUAGGAUCCAAAUCGCAACGAGGAAUCACUCAAAUGGCUUUGGAUGUUAUUUACCGAUCGUUACAACCAACCCUCAAGACCGACGACGGUAGCAUCACUCCCAUGAUGCUUGCAUCACUUGCCGGCUCAGAUACUUCGGAAGCACAAAUAUUUUCUGCACAGGCGUUCCUGGAAGCCGUAUACGGCGAACCCACCGGAGGCCGCAACUCGAGGCAACAGACUCCCAUGAGCCCUUCUCGUGCACAAACCCCACAGACGGUACGGAAAUAUGAUACCCUGAGUCCCCAAGGAUCGCCGAUCAAGCGUCCACUUACCCCCAGAUCUGGCCUCCCAAUGCCAUGUACCAACCCUGGAAGCCCCCGAAAGGUGGAAUCAACUCCAAUGUCCACUCAUUAUCGCACGAAUUGGCCUAUCCUAAAGCCGUCAGCGAUUGAGAAUACUGGAUGGAUGGAUCAAGGACCUUUUAGUCCCCUUCCUUACACCCGUUACAACUUGCAUGAAGCCCGUUUAGCUAAAUCUCGCCUUAUUGUUUUCCAGGAGCCGACACCUGCACUUGUUUUCCCCCGCCGCCAACCUCGUGAACGACCUAUCGCACUCCCCAGGCUCCCCGAUGUCAGUCAUUUGGCCGUUGACUUGAAUUCGAAUGCCGACUACGUGGUACUGGUUUCGAUGUACGAAGUUUACAACGACCGGAUUUUCGAUCUUUUGUCGCCUGCUAUCAACCCAGGACAGGGAAACACAAUGUCUCGUGGGAAUAUCCAGAAGGACCGCCGUCGCCCACUACUAUUCAAAUCUACCGAAGGAUCGCCCGAUCGAAAGAUCGUUGCGGGUCUCCGUAAAAUUGCCUGCAGCAGCUACGAAGAAGCCCUGGCAAUUUUGGAUGUUGGUUUGACCGAACGCAAAGUGACAGGCACUGGAGCCAAUAGUGUUAGCUCUCGAAGUCAUGGCUUCUUCUGUCUCGAGGUGAAGAAAUUAACUCACAACAAACGAUAUGGGGAGGCUACCUGGGUAGGAAAUACUUUGACAGUUGUGGACUUGGCUGGGUCCGAACGUGCAAGAACCGCGAAGACAGCUGGUGCUACCCUUGCGGAAGCUGGCAAAAUCAACGAAAGUUUGAUGUACCUUGGCCAAUGUCUACAAAUGCAGAGUAAUUUGCAAGACGGCGUUAAGACUGCCCUUGUUCCUUAUCGCCAGUGCAAGCUCACUGAACUCUUAUUUUCCAAUUCUUUCCCAACCACUACCCAGAUGUCUCGUGGCCACCACCCACAAAAGGCGAUCAUGGUUGUCACUGCCGACCCACUAGGCGACUUCAACGCAACUUCCCAAAUCCUGCGUUAUUCUGCACUGGCUCGUGAAGUCACCGUGCCCCGGGUCCCUUCGGUAACAGAAUCAAUUGUCUCUGUUGCUUCUCUCCGCGAGCGUUCUAUCAGUGGACGCACAUCACCCAAUGAUGUACCCUCACAAGAACUGGAAAGGGCUCUGGCGGAAAUACAACGGCUGACAAAAGAUUGCCAUGGUCUUGCCGUGCGUUUGGCCGAGGAGGAAAUUGCUCGCUCCGAAACGGAAAUCAGACUGCGGGCUGCCGAAGAAAGAUGCAUCGAUAUUGAACAAGAGAUUCGUGAGGAAUGCUGGGCUGAGAUGGAUGAAACUAUGGAGGCAGAGCGAAGACGUUGGCAAAGCGCCUGGGACGAACAAACUGGCCGAAAUGAUGAUCAUGUUGAUCGAAAGAUUGAGCUGGUUUCACGUGGAUUCAACAUUUUCGAAGACCCUGAGCCAUCAUCAAAUGCCAGAGUUGAGGAAUUGGAAGACGAAAAUGAGCAGCUUCGUCGUCGUAUCGCUACUCUUGAGCGUGAAAUGCAUUCUCAUUCUCCCACCCGAAAGCCCCGGACGAAGAACGCAACUCCUAGCCAUGCUUCCAAUAUGCUAAGCCGAGAAAGUGAUAUUGAAAAUGCUUUAAAACGCAUGAAUCAGCUUAAUCUUACUGACACCAUGUUCUCUCCCGCCACUCCAAGCUCUUCACCAGGCAAGAAGCAGAGGAAGCUAGGGACGCGGAAGCUUGACCUGGGCUCAGAAUUUGAUAUCUAG